UCUGAUCAGUUUACAAGCAGACGUUCUACGUUACGGAAGCAAAGAACCUAUUCGUUUACAUUGGCGGGGACUGCUUAAAGUAAGCCUAACAGUAUGGUGCUGAAGUGUGGAACCCUGCUAUUGGCGCUUCUUUCGAUUUGUCAUUUACAAGCAACGUUGGCUGAAAACAAGUUCCACUUCUCGGCGUACAAGAAAAAUUGGUUCCAAGCAAAUGAAUAUUGUCACCGGCUGGGCAUGCGUUUGGCCGUCAUCGAUUCGCAAGCCAAGCAUCAGAUGCUCGUCAGCGAAGCUAAAACCACUCAAGCCCACCCACAGGCCUACUUCGGCGGUUGGCUUGGAGCCAGCGACCUGGGCCUGGAUGGAACAUUUAUUUGGCACGGAACGGGCGAUCGGAUGGUUUUCAGCAAAUGGAAAAUCGGUGAGCCAAGUGGCCUCGAUGAACACUGCGUGGUGUUGCACUACUGGCAAGAUUUGGAAUUCUAUUGGACUUGGAACGAUGGACACUGCACCACGGAGCUGACUGCUAUUUGCGAGAGGAUAGAACCGGUUUCGUGUAUAGAACAAUUCAAGUAGAAGCGAUUAGAUGGGUAUUCCCAGUGAUGUUUGUAAAUUUUAAUAGCUUUAGAUUCCUCCAAUGCCGACAAUUGAUAAUUUGUUUCAUUAUGUGUUGUUUUUAACUAAAUAAAAG